UCCAGCAGCCACCCCCUCCUCACGGCUCUCUCCAUCUAUACCGGCUGCUGGUGGGCAAGGGUGCCUCAUCAGCACAAUAAUAACGGGACACAUGCAUUGCUAAAAGACCACUGCCCUUUGCUUUUUCUUCUUUUUAUUUCUAAGAGGGGGGCUCCACAUUUCCUUUCUCGAGGUUUGUGACUGACAGCUGCACCACUGCAUUCAAGGUAUUCUGGAAUUUCUCUCUCUUCUGGUGCCAAAAUUUCAAAAUGGGGAUUAAAGCUGCUCUUCCCAAGUAUGAGCUGUAUUUCUACACCAGUGUCCUGUCCCUUGCACUUCUCUGGGCGACUAGCUGGAUUUUCGAAGCAUCUAGUGAAAAUAUGAACAGGAAGGCAUUCAGGGAAAGUGUCCAACCCGGAUGGUAUUACUUCGGUAGAAAAAUGGAUGUAGCUGAUUUUGAAUGGGUGAUGUGGUUUACAAAGUUCCGGAACCAUAUUGUCUUCGCUCUCUCCGGUCACGUCAUCUUUGCUAAGAUCUGUUCCCUUAUAGCGCCUCAGCACAGAUCCAUCCUUUACAUGAUCUAUGGGCUGCUUGCUGUCUUCUGUACCAUGGGACUGACCUACAUGAUGUUGAUUUUAUCCCACUGUGUCCUGCUCUACAGCCUUGCACUACCCAAACAGAAAUGGCUGUGUUUUGCUGGUGGCCUCAUUAGCCUGGCUACUUUCAGAAUGGAGCCUUGUAGUUCCUGGCAGAGUGGAUUUGUCUCUGGUACUUUUGAACUUCAUGAUAUUCUGUUCUAUGGAGGAAGUGGGUUUACUAUCAUGCGCUGUAUGAGCUUUGCCUUGGAGAAUUAUGAGAAGAAAGAUGGGAAUUACACCUUUCUGGACCUGCUCAAGUACAACUUCUACCUCCCCUUCUUCUUCUUUGGACCCAUAAUGACUUUUGAUAAAUUCCAUGUUCAGGCUAAUAACCCCAACUUGACUCGCAAAGAGAGAGAAAUGUGGAAUAUCAGGGUCCAUGCACUGGUACACUUGGGAGCCAUCAUUGUGGUGGAUGUGUUUUUCCAUUUCCUCUACAUUCUGACCAUACCUUCUGACAUGAAACUUGUGAAGCAACUUUCGGACUGGUCGCUAGCUGGCUUGGCUUAUUCUAACUUGGUGUAUGACUGGGUGAAAUCUGCAGUGAUGUUUGGGGUCAUAAACACCGUGUCCAGGCUUGACCAUCUUGACCCACCUCAGCCUCCUAAAUGUAUCACCAUGCUCUAUGUCUUUGCUGAAACACACUUUGAUAGAGGAAUAAAUGACUGGCUGUGCAGGUAUGUGUAUGACUACCUUGGUGAAAACCAUGACAACAUUUUCAAGGAACUAAUGGCUACUGUAUCAACUUUUGCCAUCACUACGCUGUGGCUGGGUCCAUGUGAGAUUGUGUACAUCUGGUCUUUUUUCAACUGCUUUGGCCUGAACUUUGAACUGUGGGUGGCAAAAUUUUUCCAGCUGCAACCAUUUGCCUCAAUAGAGAAGGCAAUGUCUGAAGCCAUGUCUCGCAGGAUCAGAGGAGUGUUUAAUGCAGCAAACUUCUGGGCUAUUAUUCUCUACAAUGUCCUGUCCCUCAACAGCCUGGCGUUUGCCAAACUGGUUGCUAACCGACUUAUCAUCAAAGGCUUCCCAUUGUCCACUCUGUCUGUCCUGUUUGUCACCUACUGUGGCGUGCAGCUCAUCAAGGAGCGGGAGAGAAGGCUGGCCCUGCAAGAGGAGGGAGCCGCAAAGGAGAAAGCCGAAUAAUACCGACCUGGUUGUCUGCCUCUUGACUACUGAAUUCCAAUUGCACUUUGUGGAACUACACUGUCUCUUCUGCGAAAUCUCAAUCUAGGGUCACUAUGUAUGGCUUUAUUGAGUCCAUAAUGAAAAUAUAACGCACACCUACUGUGCAUCAUUCUGAAGUGCACUUGCUGUACAUAAAUGUUGUGGGCCCCUAAAUAUAUACCACUUGAUGCAUUUUUUUUUUUUAACAUAAAGUAAUGAAGAUGUCAGUCGUUGGCUUAAAUAUCUGCCAUAUACUCUAUAAAUUAAAAGUAAUAUAUUAAAGUUUA